GCCCUCCUGGCGGAGAAGUCCAGGCUGUAGAAGGAUGGCGCAGGGUGGAGGCAGCUUCUCGGACGUUCAGUUCGACGAGGCCUGCGCCGAGCUGGAGCAGCCCGCGCUGACCGGGGCCGACUGGGAGCUGCUGGUGGAGUUCUGUGGCAUCAGCGUCUAUCGGCUGUAUGACCAGAGGACUGGACUUUACGAGUACAAAGUCUUUGGUGUUCUGAGGGAUUGCUCACCAGAUCUACUUGCAGAUGUCUACAUGGACUUAGUCUACAGAAAAAAGUGGGACGAGUAUGUUAGCAAACUCUAUGAAAAAGAAUGCAAUGGAAAGAUGGUGGUUUACUGGGAAGUGAAGUACCCUUUUCCCAUGUAUAACAGGGAUUAUGUCUAUGUCCGAGAGCGACGGGACCUGGACAAGCGAAAUCAGAAGAUCUACGUGAUCCUGUCCCAGAGCACCUCUGUGCCUGAGAUUCCUGAGGUGCAGGGGGUGAUCCGGGUGAAACAAUACAAGCAGAGCCUGGCGAUUAAGAGCGAUGGCCAGAAGGGGAGCAAAGUUUUCAUGCAUUACUUCGAUAACCCAGGUGGCCAAAUUCCAACCUGGCUCGUUAACCUGAUUGCCAAGAAUGGAGUUCCUACCUUCUUGAAUGACUUGGUAAAAGCCUGUCAGAACUACCCCAAGAAAAACUAAGAAAGAGAAUUGGGAAGCUGGCAUCCAUGAAA